GUCAUCUCCAAGUUGUAUGCUAUCAAGUUAAUGGAUGAGGUUGUAGAAGAUAUCUCCCACCAGUUUAUCACCAUGGAGGGUCUGAUGGAGAAACUGCCCAUGAACAAAAAGAAAGCAACGCUGCUGAAAACUUGGAAAAGACGUUUUUUCCGGGCUAGAGAUGGAUGGCUUUAUUAUUAUGAGAGUGGCAACAGAGAGGACCCCAGUGAGACCAUUCAGUUGAUGGGUGGACAAAUACAUGACAUGGGUUCCAGAGUUUUGGGCAUUGAUGAUGGGAGGGGCCGCUACCUGAUGGUCAGGUGUCCGACUGAGAAGGAAUACGGUCAGUGGAAAAUUGCUUUGGAGUCCCAGACAGCAGACAACACAAGGGCCACAUUUGUGCGACCAGUGCUAAAGUCCACCAAGAAUUCAAGCAAAAAUGUUAUAGUUAUUGACCUUGGCAGCAGUGCUAUUCGAGCAGGUAUACUUGGAAAUCAAGCCAGCUUACCCGAGAUAUUUUUCCCAAGUGUUUUGGCCGUAGACAAAGAAACAGGCAAGGUGGUGGCCAUUGGCCCAGAAGCUCUAAGGCCAGACGUGAGAAACCACUGUAAGAUAGUACACCCUAUCAGGCCGUCCAACAAAGUAGAUCAAUUUAAUAUUGAACUCCAGUACAUGGGGCUGAUCUUUAAAAAAGUUGUGGAGGAUCUGAAAAUUAAUUCUUCUGAUUAUUGGGUGAUGCUGAGCACCCCUCAGAAUCUGGGAGAUGCGCUGAAGCGUGGCCUGAUGGAGAAGCUGGUGGACCAGCUCAACAGUAGGGGUGUCUGUAUGGUCCAGCAGGCCUUGUUGUCCCUGUACUCAUACAAGGCCACUUCAGGCAUCAUAGUGGACAUUGGUCACAGGAUAGAGAUACUGCCCAUAUUUGACGGUUUUGUUAUUGAGGGUGGUGUGUCCCGCUGUCCUUUUGGUGCCCAGAAGGUCCUGGAGUCCUUGACGACCUCACUGCUGGGCAACAAUUACAAGUUCAUGUCCAGCACGGAACAGUGGCUGGUCAGGUACAUCAUGGAGCAGAGCUGUUAUGUGGCCAUGGACUACAAGCAGGAAGAGGAGUGGUGCAGGAGUCGCCCUGAGACCAUCAGAUCAACUGUAGAGUUCAAAUCCUUCAGUCUACCUGACGGGUCCUACAUGAGUGUUGAGCACGACCUGAGCAGGUUUAAGAGCCCGGAAGGAUUUUUUAAUGCCGACCUGUGGGAGAUGGAUUAUCCUACGCUGCAGAAGUUAAUCCACCAGGCCAUCCAGACCUGUCCCAUGGACAACAGGAGGCACAUGUGGAGGGCUGUGUACCUGAGUGGGGGUCUGACCAUGCUGCCAGGAUUUGCUGAGAGAUUAGAGAAGGAGCUGACCAAACUGGCACCUCCAGGUGUGCCAGUGGAGGUGCAUGCAGCUCCUCAAAGGUACCACGCCGCCUACGUCGGGGCUUGCUCCGUGGCGCUGAUGCCCCAGUUUGAAGACAUGGCCAUCUCUCGAGAGGAGUGGAAGAAGAAUGGCGUCAGGGCUUUCAAAAAGUGGCAGGCGCCUGCAUCGUAACCAGUUGGUAUCUCAAUACAAUCCACAACAGACUAGAACAAUUUUUGUUUAAAUUCCAUGGUCUCAAC